AUGGCAGAGCCAGGUUAUUACCACAGUGAUUACGUUCGACACCCAGUUCUUCACGAACUUGGCGUUAAGUAUGGGAUUAAAACGGAGUGUAUUCCAGAAAUAGCACUGCCGUCUAAGUUGGAGGAGCUCAAAGAUGUCAUACGUAGAGAAAUACGUAAAGAACUUAAAAUAAAAGAAGGUGCUGAGAAAUUACGGGAGGUGGCCACAGACAGGAGAUCACUCUCUGAUGUUGCCAAUAUCGUCAAAAAAGCUAAUAUAAAGCUUAAUGAACUUAAGUCAGACCUCCAAGAAUUGGAGUCUCAGCUUCUUUUGUCUCGUGGGCAGUCUACUCCUACUUCACCUGAAGAUCUCUCUUACGAUGAGGAGAUUAUUCUGGCCUCAGAAGCUGCUCAGCAGCAAAGGCAACUGGGUGAAGCAACAACAGACAGAAAGUUGGCAUCACUUGAAAAACAGCUGAACAUUGAGCUCAAAGUUAAACAAGGAGCUGAAAAUAUGAUACAAAGUAUCAGUAGCAGCAACCAAUCUAGGGACAAAAAAUUACUUGCCGAAGCUCACCAAAUGCUAGCAGAUUCUAAGGACAAGAUUGAAUAUUUAAAAUUAAGAAUUUCUAAGCUAACUAAACAACAAAAAGGAGAUAAUGCGGGAUCUAAUGGUGAUGGGAAAAAUUCUGAAAGUGGUGUAGCUGCUUUAUUAGAUGAGAGAAUAGCUGAAUUGAGGAACCGUCUUAGGAUUGAGGCAGCCGUGGUGGAAGGCUCUAAAAAUGCCAUAAGACUUUUACAAAGUGACAAGAAAGUAACAGACAAAAAAGCGUUACAAGAAGCCCAAACAAACCUUUUAGAAUCAUCCCAGAAAUUAGAUUUACUACGCAGAUCUUUAGACAUGCGCAGACAAGAGCUUCCUAGUGAGAGCCCUGCAUUUAUAGAAUUAGGACAUGAACUGCGUAGUACAGCCUCAAGCCCUGGAUUCACCAUCAAACUAGAUAAAUCAAGAGAACUUGAAAUCGGUAUUCAUUGGAAAGAUUGGCGCGGUUUGUGUGCAGUUAAAGUUCUAAGAUUGGAAGAAUUUAUUGAUGAUAUAAGGCAUGGCAUGGCACUGGAACUCGAGCCGCAAGGCCUACUUUUUGCUGAGAUUAAGUUCCUUAAUCCUAUCAUAUCUCGAAAACCUAAGCUUCAGCGACAAAGAAAGAUUAUCAAGCAACAAGGCAAGAAUAUACCAAGACCUUCAUAUGGAGAAAUGCACAUUCCUGCUGUUGUACUGGGCAGGCUCCUGAAACGCUCAUCUCCCUCCAUCCAAAAUAUUCAGACUGCUCACAUAAACCAAGCUCAACAACAUAGUUUUGAAUCAGCUUCUAUUGAUAACAGAGAAAUUGAAAAUCCAAAUGUAACCUUAGGUGGUAUGGCAGAUACUGAGGGCUAUGUCAAGAUAGCUGAUUUUGGUCUCUGUAAAGAAGGCAUGGGUUGGGGUGAUCGUACUGGUACAUUUUGUGGCACUCCAGAAUUCCUUGCCCCUGAAGUGUUAACAGAAACAUCGUAUACCCGAGCAGUUGAUUGGUGGGGCCUUGGUGUUUUAAUAUUUGAAAUGUUAGUUGGCGAGUCACCUUUUCCUGGAGAGGAUGAAGGUGAAGUGUUUGAUUCAAUUGUGAAUGACGAAGUUCGUUACCCGAGAACACUAUCUUUAGAAGCUAUCGCACUCAUGCGUCGCUUACUGAGAAAAAAUCCUGAAAGACGAUUAGGAUCGUCAGAGAGGGAUGCUGAAGAUGUUAAGAAACAGGCUUUCUUCCGAAAUGUUAACUGGGAGCAACUACUUCUGCGUAAAGUUAAACCACCGUUUGUGCCAACAAUAAAUAACUUAGAAGAUGUCAGUAACUUUGACAGUGAAUUCACGUCUGAGGCAGCGGUGCUGACACCACCCAAAGAACCACGACCGCUUUCUGCUACAGACCACAAGUUGUUCCAUGACUUUACAUAUAUGGCAGAUUGGUGCUAG